GUGGGCGGCUUGGAGGAUGCGGCGGCAGUGGACUUCAUGUUCGCGCAGGGCUUGAUCUACUGGAGUGAUGUAAGCGAAGAGGCCAUUAAGCGAACAGAGUUCAAUAAAUCUGGGAGCGUACAAAAUGUGGUAGUUUCUGGGCUCUUGUCACCUGAUGGGCUGGCGUGUGACUGGCUGGGAGAGAAAUUAUACUGGACAGAUUCUGAAACAAAUCGGAUUGAAGUUUCUAAUUUAGAUGGAUCACUGAGAAAAGUUUUAUUUUGGCAAGAAUUGGAUCAACCCAGAGCAAUUGCCUUAGAUCCUGCAAGAGGGUUCAUGUAUUGGACAGACUGGGGAGAAGUGCCAAAGAUAGAACGUGCUGGGAUGGAUGGUUCGAGCCGUGCCAUUAUAGUCAACACGGAUAUUUAUUGGCCAAACGGACUGACAUUGGAUUAUGAAGAACAGAAACUGUAUUGGGCAGAUGCUAAACUGAAUUUCAUCCACAAGUCAAAUCUGGAUGGAAGUCAUCGGCAAGCGGUGGUUAAAGGCUCCCUUCCACAUCCCUUUGCUUUGACGCUGUUCGGGGACACGUUGUACUGGACUGACUGGAACACACAUUCGAUCUUGGCCUGCAGCAAGUACACUGGGGAGGACCUGCGUGAAAUACAUUCCAACAUCUUCUCUCCCAUGGAUAUCCAUGCUUUCAGCCAGCAGCGACAGCCGAAUGCUACAAACCCAUGUGGAAUUAAUAAUGGUGGCUGCUCCCACUUGUGCUUGAUGUCCCCUACCAAGCCCUCUUAUCAGUGUGCGUGUCCCACUGGCGUGAAACUUCUUGAGAAUGGAAAGACCUGCAAAGAUGGUGCCACUGAAUUGCUGCUGCUAGCCCGCCGAACAGAUCUGAGACGGAUUUCUUUAGACACGCCAGACUUCACAGACAUUGUCUUGCCCCUGGAGGAUAUCCGUCAUGCCAUCGCCAUCGACUUUGAUCCUCUGGAAGGCUACAUCUACUGGACCGACGACGAAGUUAGGGCCAUCCGCCGCUCCUUCAUUGAUGGCUCAGGCAGUCAGUUUGUGGUGACCGCGCAGAUAGCCCAUCCUGACGGCAUCGCCGUGGACUGGGUUGCCCGAAACCUGUAUUGGACUGACACUGGCACAGACCGUAUUGAAGUGACAAGGCUGAGAAAAAUAUUGAUAGCGGAAGAGCUGGAGGAGCCCAGAGCGAUUGUGCUGGAUCCAGUGGCUGGGUACAUGUACUGGACUGACUGGGGAGAAAUCCCAAAGAUCGAGAGGGCAGCGCUAGAUGGCUCAGACAGAAUAGUGCUGGUGAACACGUCCCUGGGGUGGCCGAAUGGACUGGCGCUGGAUUAUGCAGAAAGCAAAAUAUACUGGGGUGAUGCAAAAACGGACAAAAUUGAGGUCAUGAAUGCUGAUGGGACUGGGAGGAGAGUGCUCGUGGAGGACAAGCUGCCGCAUAUCUUUGGCUUCACUUUGCUGGGAGACUACGUGUACUGGACAGACUGGCAGCGGCGCAGCAUCGAGCGCGUGCACAAGCGGACUGCGGAGCGAGAGAUCAUCAUAGACCAGCUGCCUGACCUCAUGGGCUUAAAAGCAACGAGCGUCCAGCAGAUAACUGGUACAAACCCUUGUGCAGAGGAUAAUGGGGGCUGCAGUCAUCUCUGUCUGUACCGACCGCAAGGCCUUCGCUGCGCCUGCCCCAUCGGCCUAGAGCUCAUCAGUGACAUGAAGACCUGCAUUGUCCCAGAAGCUUUCCUGCUCUUUUCUCGGCGAGCGGAUAUCAGACGAAUAUCUUUAGAAACUAACAACAACAAUGUUGCUAUUCCGCUCACUGGAGUCAAGGAGGCUUCUGCCCUGGAUUUUGAUGUGACAGACAAUCGGAUCUACUGGACUGACAUUUCACUGAAGACCAUCAGCAGAGCCUUUAUGAAUGGCAGUGCCCUGGAACACGUCGUAGAGUUUGGCUUGGAUUACCCAGAAGGCAUGGCGGUAGAUUGGCUAGGCAAGAACUUGUAUUGGGCCGAUACCGGCACGAAUCGCAUCGAAGUGUCCAAACUGGAUGGGCAACAUCGCCAGGUGUUGGUGUGGAAAGAUCUCGACAGUCCCCGGGCGCUGGCGCUGGACCCUGCUGAGGGGUUUAUGUACUGGACUGAGUGGGGUGGUAAGCCAAAGAUUGACAGAGCUGCUAUGGAUGGGAGUGAGCGGACUACUUUGGUACCAAAUGUGGGACGUGCUAAUGGCCUAACUAUUGAUUAUGCUAAAAGGCGACUGUACUGGACUGACCUCGAUACCAACCUGAUAGAGUCGUCCAACAUGCUGGGCCUUGACCGUGAGAUCAUCGCUGACGAUUUGCCUCACCCCUUCGGCCUGACCCAGUAUCAGGAUUACAUUUAUUGGACGGACUGGAGCCGGCGCAGCAUUGAACGAGCAAACAAGACCAGUGGCCAGAACCGAACUAUCAUCCAAGGACACUUGGAUUAUGUUAUGGACAUCUUGGUCUUCCACUCCUCUCGGCAGGCAGGCUGGAAUGAGUGUGCGUCCAGCAACGGGCACUGCUCCCACCUGUGCUUGGCCGUGCCUGUUGGUGGCUUCGUGUGCGGCUGCCCGGCUCACUAUUCCUUGAACUCUGACAACAGGACCUGCAGUGCUCCAACAACCUUUUUGCUGUUCAGUCAGAAGAACGCGAUUAACCGCAUGGUGAUAGAUGAGCAGCAGAGUCCGGAUAUUAUACUCCCUAUCCACAGCCUCAGGAAUGUGCGAGCCAUCGAUUACGACCCUCUGGAUAAACAGCUCUACUGGAUUGAUUCUCGGCAGAAUAUCAUCCGCAAGGCACAAGAAGAUGGCAGCCAGAGCCUCACUGUUGUGACAAGUCCAGUUCCCAACCAGAACCUAGACAUGCAACCCUAUGACCUGAGCAUUGAUAUCUACAGCCGCUAUAUCUAUUGGACCUGCGAAGCCACUAAUGUCAUUAAUGUGACACGCCUGGAUGGGAGACCUAUGGGAGUGGUGCUCAAAGGAGAUCAAGAUAGACCCAGGGCCAUCGUGGUGAAUCCAGAGAAGGGAUACAUGUAUUUCACCAACCUACAGGAAAGAUCUCCUAAAAUUGAGAGAGCAGCACUGGAUGGAACUGAACGGGAGGUGCUUUUUUUCAGUGGUUUGAGCAAACCCAUAGCCUUAGCUAUUGACAGCCAGCUGGGCAAGUUGUUCUGGGCUGAUUCAGACCUGCGGAGAAUUGAAAGCAGUGACCUUUCAGGUGCCAACCGAAUAGUUUUGGAAGACUCUAAUAUCUUGCAGCCUGUGGGACUCACUGUGUUUGAAAACUGGCUGUACUGGAUCGACAGGCAACAGCAGAUGAUUGAGAAGAUCGACAUGACGGGUCGAGAAGGACGUACGAAGGUGCAAGCUCGUAUCGCUCAACUCAGUGACAUUCAUGCUGUUAAAGAGCUCAACGUUCAGGAAUACAGGCUGCAUCCUUGUUCUCAAGACAACGGAGGUUGUUCACACAUUUGCAUUGUGAAAGGCGACGGCACCACGCGCUGCUCGUGCCCCGUCCACCUUGUCCUGCUGCAGGAUGAGUUAUCCUGUGGAGAACCACCAACAUGCUCCCCUCAGCAGUUCACCUGUUUCACAGGUGAGAUUGACUGCAUCCCCGUGGCCUGGCGCUGUGACGGUUUCACCGAGUGCGAAGACCACAGUGAUGAAAAGAACUGCCCCGUGUGCUCGGAGGCCCAGUUCCAGUGUGAAAGCGGACAGUGCAUUGACAGUGCCCUCCGGUGUAAUGGAGAAGCAAAUUGCCAGGAUAACUCGGAUGAGAAGAACUGUGAAGUGCUUUGUUUAACCGAUCAGUUCCGCUGUGCCAGCGGGCAGUGCAUUGGGAAAAGCAAGAAAUGUGAUCACAACCUGGACUGCAGUGACAGCUCAGAUGAGCAAGGAUGCUACACGACAGAGGAACCUGCACCACAGUCCAACAACACAAUAGGCUCCAUCAUUGGUGUGAUCCUUACUGUUUUUGUGGUUGGAGCAAUGUACUUCAUCUGUCAGAGAGUGCUAUGCCCACGCAUGAAGGGCGAUGGGGAAACCAUGACCAACGAUUAUGUGGUGCAUGGACCAGCGUCUGUGCCCCUUGGUUAUGUGCCUCACCCAAGCUCUUUGUCCGGGUCUCUUCCUGGGAUGUCUCGAGGUAAAUCUGUGAUCAGCUCCCUCAGCAUUAUGGGGGGAAGCAGUGGGCCACCCUAUGACAGGGCUCAUGUCACUGGAGCCUCUUCCAGUAGUUCUUCAAGCACCAAAGGCACUUACUUUCCUCCAAUUUUGAACCCACCACCAUCACCAGCUACUGAACGUUCACAUUAUACCAUGGAGUUCGGCUACUCUUCGAACAGCCCAUCCACUCAUAGAUCCUACAGCUACAGGCCUUACAGCUACCGCCAUUUUGCGCCCCCCACCACUCCCUGAAGCACAGACGUCUCGGAACGCGACUC